AUCCAGCCUGUACCAAACCAACCUGCUUCGAGACGGUGUGCGGAGGUACCUGCAGCUGCCAGCAGACCAGACAGUGCUGAUACUGCACGCCAAAGUCGCCCAGAAGUCUUAUGGCAAUGAAAAAAGGUUUUUCUGCCCCCCACCUUGCGUUUACCUGAGCGGGCCAGGAUGGAAGUUAAAACAAGAACAGAUAAAAGCCAGGGACCAGGGAGAGGUGGGUUUUCGGGUGUGCGGGUACAUGGGGCUGGACAGCAUGGGCAGCAGCCUGAUGGAGACCCAGAAGCUCAGCUUCGAAGAGCAGCCAGACGCAAAGGGCUUCAGCUGUGCCAAGGCGCUGUACAUCUCGGACGCAGACAAGCGGAAGCAUUUCCGCCUCGUCCUGAAGCUCUUCUUCAGCAACGGGCAGGAGAUCGGCACCUUCCACAGCAAGCUGAUCAAGGUCAUCUCCAAGCCCUCGCAGAAGAAGCAGUCGCUGAAGAACACGGACCUCUGCAUCUCCUCAGGCUCCAAAGUCUCCCUCUUCAACCGCCUGCGCUCCCAGACCGUCAGCACCCGCUACCUCUCUGUGGAGGGGGGAGCCUUCAUUGCCAGCGCCAGGCAGUGGGCAGCCUUCACCCUCCACCUGGCCGAGGAGCCCUGCGCCCAGAGCGAGUUCCCGCUGCGGGAAGGGUACAUCCGCUACGGCUCCGUGGUCCAGCUCAUCUGCACGGCCACCGGCAUCACCCUGCCUCCCCUGGUCAUCCGGAAGGUGACGAAGCAGUACGCCAUGCUCGACGUGGACGAGCCCAUCUCCCAGCUCCACAAGUGUGCCUUCCAGUUUCAGGGCAGUGACCGCAUGUACCUGUGUCUGUCCACGGAGAAAGUGAUCCAGUUCCAGGCAUCCCCCUGCCCAAAGGAAGCCAACCGGGAGCUGCUGAACGACGGCUCCUGCUGGACCAUCAUCGGCACCGAGACGGUGGAG